UCGGUAAUGAUGACGUACGUCAAAAAUCAAAAAAAUCAUCAUCAUCAUCCCGAAAAACCCAAAUAAAAAAAAAAUCAUAAAAUCCAAAUUCCAAGUUUCAUCACACGCACCGCCAUGAGGGAAAUCGUUCACAUCCAGGUCGGUCAAGCAGGAAACAACAUAGGAAAUAAAUUUUGGGAGGUCAUUUCGGACGAACACGGUGUAGACCCAACUGGCCACUGGCACGGCGAUACUGAUCUACAGUUGGAACGCAUCAACGUCUACUACGACGAAGCGACCGGCGGUAGAUUCGUGCCGCGGGCUGUACUCGUAGAUCUGGAGUCCAGCACCAUGGACAAUGUCCGAUCUGGACCUUUUGGACGGCUAUUUAGUCCAGAUAGUUUUGUCUUUGGCCAAGGCGGCGCUGGCAACAACUGGGCCAAAGGCAUGUAUACUGAAGGAGCCGAGUUAGCUGACUCAGUGCUGGAUGUUGUUAGGAAAGAAGCUGAGGGGUGUGAUCUCUUACAGGGCUUCCAAAUCGUCCAUUCCAUUGGCGGCGGCACCGGGGGUGGCCUAGGUUGCUUGCUCCUGGACAAAAUCCGAGAAGAAUAUCCCGAUCGUAUUAUCAGCACUUUUACCAUAAUCCCUAGCCCUAAAGUCUCUGAUACCGUGGUGGAACCAUACAAUGCAGUCAUGUCUAUAACGCACUUAGUGGAAAACUCCGAUGAAACUUAUAUUAUUGAUAAUGAAGCUUUGCACGAUAUCUGCUUUCGUACAUUAAAACUAACCGCCCCAAGCCUGGCUGACUUAAACCACCUGAUCAGUGCGGUAAUGUCAGGCGUGACCACCUGCAUAAGAUUUCCCGGCCAACUUAAUGCGGACCUGCGCAAAAUCCAAGUCAACAUGGUUCCCUUCCCUAGGCUGCAUUUUUUCAUUCCAGGAUUCGCCCCAUUGUUCUCUAGAGGCAACCGGCAAUACAAGGCAUAUACAGUACCGGAACUAGUGAUGCAACUGUUCGAUGCAAAAAACCUGAUGUGCGCAUGCGAUCCGCGACGUGGCAAAUAUUUAACAGUGGCGUCGAUAUUUCGAGGGCGCAUGUCUACCAGACAGGUGGAGGAGCAAAUGGUUAACAUCCAGGACCGGAAUAGUAAUUAUUUCGUCGAGUGGAUUCCGAAUAAUGUUAAGACGGCCGUGUGCGAUAUACCGCCUAGGGGGUUAAAGAUGUGUGCCACUUUUAUUGGUAACAGUACAGCAAUUCAAGAGCUAUUUAAGCGCAUCGGUGAAGCGUUUUCGGCAAUGUUCAGACGUAAAGCAUUCUUGCACUGGUAUACCGGUGAAGGGAUGGAGGAAAGUGAAUUUUCUGAGGCCGAGUCCAAUAUGAACGACUUAAUAUCUGAGUACCAGCAAUACGAGGUGGCUAACAAUGACGAGGAUGAUUUUGAUGCCGACAAUAUAGAUGAUGAUGAUGAUUAUAAUUAAAAACCAUUCUUUUAUA